GGCGCUGUAAGUCUUUUAUUUUGUUAAUCUCUGAUUUGCUCGAGCGGAAGAAGAGAAGCCAAACUUCCGUUUUGGUUUUACAAUCAGGUUAUAAAACAACAGCAGUGUACCAAAGACCCUUCUAACCGCCAGGACUUGAACUGGACUUGGGUACUGGCCGAUGGAGUUGAACAAGUUGUGCAGUCCGGACAGUUCUGAUCCUUUUUGGGAUUGGAAUCGUACAUGGCACACUGCUAAUCCAGACCUCACCCACUGUUUCCAAAACACUGUUUUGGUGUGGUUACCCUGCCUCUACCUCUGGAUCUGUGCUCCCGUCUACCUCAUCUACCUAUGCAGCCACAACCGGGGCUACAUAUGUAUGAAUCACCUCAACAAAGCCAAAACUGUCGUUGGCUUUCUGUUGUGGAUCAUCUGCUGGUCAGAUGUGUUUUAUUCUUUCUGGGAAAGGAGUCAUGGUAGCGGUGUUGUGGCCCCCAUCCACCUCAUAAGCCCAACUUUACUGGGCCUCACCAUGCUGCUGGCCGCCCUCUUAAUCCAGUAUGAGCGCAUGAAAGGAGUUCAGUCGUCCGGAGUCAUGCUGAUCUAUUGGCUGUUGGCCUUAAUAUGCGCCACGGUCACCUUCAGGUCAAAGAUCAUCCAAGCCCUCGAUCAGCAAUCGACGGUGUCUGUAUGGCGGUACACCACAUUCUACACCUAUUACACUCUGCUGCUGAUAGCGCUGUUCCUGUCCUGUCUCACCGACCAGCCGCCCCUCUUCUCUCAGGCCAUUAAGGACUCGAAUCCCUGUCCUGAGGCUGGAGCUUCUUUUCUCUCCAGAAUAACCUUCUGGUGGAUCACUGGGCUGAUGAUUAUUGGGUAUAAAAACCCACUUGAGGAGAAGGACUUGUGGUCUUUGAACCCGGACGAUCGCUCCCAUAAAGUUGUGCCACAGCUGGUGUGCCGUUGGAACGCCCAGUGUCAAAAGGUCAAGAGCAGGACGGAGCAGAAGAUUGUGUAUCUUCCAAAGCAUACCCCUGGUAGUGACGGUAAAGAGAAUCCAGCUGUGGAAGAAUCUGAAAUGCUGAUUGUGAAAUCCCCCGGGAAAACAAAAGAGCCCUCGCUGUUUUUGGCGCUGUGCUUGACCUUCGGGCCCUACUUUCUCAUCUCGUGUCUUUACAAGAUCAUCCAGGAUAUCCUCAUGUUUGUGGGGCCUGAGAUUCUCCGACUGCUUAUCCGCUUCGUCAAUGACUCCAGCGCUCCCUCCUGGCAGGGCUACUUCUACACCGCCCUGCUCUUUAUAUGUACCAGCGUGCAAUCUCUGAUUCUGCAGAGGUACUUUCACGUCUGCUUCGUUUCCGGCAUGCGCCUGCGCACCGCCAUCAUCGGAGCCGUCUACAGGAAGGCCCUGGUCAUAAGCAGUUCGGCACGCCGCACGUCCACCGUGGGAGAGAUCGUCAACCUGAUGUCAGUGGAUGCUCAGCGUUUCAUGGACCUCAUCACCUACAUCAACAUGAUUUGGUCUGCGCCCCUGCAAGUGGUGCUGGCUCUCUACUUCCUGUGGCAGAAUUUGGGUCCGUCUGUGCUGGCCGGUGUGGCUGUGAUGGUUCUGAUGGUUCCCGUUAAUGCCGUCAUUGCCAUGAAAACCAAAACUUACCAGGUGGCUCAGAUGAAGAGUAAGGACAGCCGCAUCAAGCUGAUGAACGAGAUGCUAAACGGCAUCAAGGUCUUAAAGCUCUAUGCCUGGGAGCUGGCCUUCAAGGACAAGGUGUCGAAAAUCCGGGAGAGUGAGCUGCACGUGCUGAAGAAGGCUGCCUACCUUGGGGCAAUAUCCACCUUCACCUGGGUCUGUGCACCCUUCCUGGUUGCCUUGUCCACCUUUACUGUGUAUGUGCUAAUUGAUGAACGGAACGUACUGGACGCACAGAAGGCCUUUGUGUCACUGGCUCUUUUCAACAUCCUGCGGUUUCCACUAAACAUGCUGCCAAUGGUCAUCAGCAGCAUGGUGCAGGCCAGUGUGUCCCUAAAGCGGUUGAGAGUCUUCCUGUCGCACGAGGAGCUACAAGAAGACAGUGUGAACCGCAAAGUUCUAGCAGGCUCUCAAUCCAGCAUCUCCAUAGUAGAUGGAGUGUUCAGCUGGUCCAGAACCGAAUCGCCGACGCUCAAAAGGUUGAACGUGUGUAUCCCAGAAGGCUCUCUGGUGGCAGUGGUGGGACAUGUCGGUUCAGGAAAGUCUUCACUGCUCUCUGCCCUCCUUGGAGAGAUGGACAAAAUUGAAGGAACUGUUACUGUCAAGGGUUCUAUGGCUUACAUCCCCCAGCAGGCUUGGAUCCAGAACUCCACUUUGAAAGACAAUAUCAUAUUCGGUCAGGAGCGGAGGGAAGCUUGGUAUCAUCAAGUGGUGGAGGCGUGUGCCCUCAAGCCUGACAUUGAGCUCCUUCCUGCCGGAGAUGAGACAGAGAUCGGCGAGAAGGGUGUGAAUCUGUCUGGAGGUCAGAAACAGAGGGUGAGCCUGGCCAGGGCUGUUUACUGUGACCGUGCCAUCUACCUACUGGACGACCCGCUGUCUGCUGUCGAUGCCCAUGUUGGGAAACACAUCUUUGACCACGUUAUUGGCCCGCAAGGGCUACUGAAAGAUAAGACUCGCGUGCUGGUCACGCACGGGUUGAGCUACCUUCCCCAGGCCCACCUGAUCCUGGUCUUGGUGGAUGGAGAGAUCACAGAGCUGGGCUCACACCAGCAGCUCAUGGACCAAAACGGGGCCUUUGCCGAGUUUCAGCGGACUUACGCAACCAUUGAACAAAGUGACAGCAAUGAAUCUAUGACAAGUGGAACAAAGGCAACAGAGAAUGGAAGUAUGGCCACUCUUGAAAGCAAUCCAGGCUUGAGCAGUGUACCGACUAUUGUCCCAACGGUCAAGGAUGACAAUAAGCAAAGCAAAGAAGCCAAAAACUCUGAGGUGGGAAAGCUGACAGAGGCUGACAAGGCCAGCACUGGAAAGGUCAAGCUGUCUGUCUUCUGGGCCUAUAUGAAGGCCAUCGGUGGGCUCUUGUCCUUCAUCAGCCUACUGCUGUUCCUCACCCACCACCUUGUUUCCCUGCUGUCCAACUAUUGGCUCAGUCUGUGGACUGAUGACCCCGUGGUCAACGGCACUCAGCCUGACAGACUUAUGAGGCUGGGGGUGUAUGGUGCUUUUGGCUUUUCUCAAGGUGUAGCAGUUUUCUGUUACUCCCUGUCCAUGUCUAUCGGGGGUAUCCUGGCAUCCCGCUACCUUCACCAGUCCAUGCUGUACGAUGUGCUACGCUCACCCAUGUCUUUCUUCGAGCGAACCCCCAGCGGGAACCUGGUCAAUCGCUUUGCCAAGGAGAUGGACACUAUUGACACUGUGAUCCCAAGCAUCAUUAAGAUGUUCAUGGGAUCCAUGUUCAAUGUGUUGGGUUCUUGCAUCAUCAUCCUGAUCGCGACCCCUUUGGUAGCGCUCAUUAUUCCUUUCCUGGGUCUGCUCUACGUCUUGGUGCAGAGGUUUUAUGUGGCGUCCUCUCGACAGCUGAAACGUUUGGAGUCAGUCAGUCGUUCGCCAAUCUACACCCACUUCAAUGAAACGCUGCUUGGUACCUCUGUUAUUCGAGCUUUUGGCGAGCAGGAGCGAUUUAUUCACGAGAGUGACCAGCGGGUGGACCAUAACCAGAAGGCCUACUUCCCUAGCAUAGUAGCAAACAGGUGGCUGGCGGUUCGCUUGGAGUUUGUAGGAAACUGCAUCGUGUCAUUUGCUUCUUUGUUCGCCGUCAUAGCCAGGGAAAGCCUCAGUCCUGGUAUCAUGGGGCUCUCCAUUUCCUAUGCCCUUCAGCUGACUGCCUCAUUGACCUGGCUGGUAAGGAUGUCCUCAGAUGUCGAGACCAACAUAGUGGCUGUUGAGAAAGUGAAAGAGUACAGCGACACGGAAAAAGAGGCUGAAUGGAAGAGCGAGGCCUCCUGCGUUCCCGCGGGCUGGCCCACUGAGGGGUGCAUCCACUUCAGAGGCUUUGGCCUGCGCUACCGCCACAACCUGGACCUGGCCAUCCGCAACGUCACCAUGACCAUCAAAGGUGGCGAGAAGGUGGGGAUUGUGGGGCGCACUGGAGCCGGGAAGUCCUCCCUAACUCUGGGGCUGUUUCGAAUCCUGGAGGCGGCAGAGGGUCAGAUUCUCAUUGAUGGAGUGAACAUUGCCAAGCUGGGUCUGCACGACCUCCGCUCCAGAAUAACCAUCAUCCCGCAGGAUCCGGUGCUGUUUUCAGGCUCUUUGAGGAUGAACCUGGAUCCCUUUGAAUCCUACUCCGAUGAGGAGAUCUGGAGAGUUCUAGAGUUUUCGCAUCUCAAGAGCUUUUUGUCCGGCCUGCCAGGCAAACUCAGCCACGAGUGUAGUGAAGGUGGAGAGAACCUCAGCGUGGGUCAGCGGCAGCUGCUGUGCCUGGCCAGAGCUCUGCUGAGGAAAACUAAAAUCCUGGUGCUGGACGAGGCCACCGCCGCCGUCGACAUGGAGACGGAUAACCUGAUCCAGUCCACCAUCCGCUCCCAGUUUGAGGACUGCACCGUUCUGACCAUAGCUCAUCGCUUAAACACCAUAAUGGAUUACACCAGGGUUCUGGUGUUGGAAAAGGGCGAGAUAGCAGAGUUUGACUCUCCCUCUAAUCUCAUCGCUCAGAGAGGAACCUUUUACAGAAUGGCUAAGGAUGCCGGGCUGGUGUGAGGCAGGAGGUGUCUGCACUUUGUUCAGUGGUUUAUUGUUACCGUGCCAAAUACUGCCUUAAUUUGCUUUGACGUUCAGUUUGAAAGCAAUUUUUUUUUUUUAAACAGCCAACUCUGUUACACUGAAAUGGGUGCUGUUAGUGUCCCAGCAAACAUUAUCUAAUAAAUUUACUACCACAUCACUUGGUUUGCCAAUGAAUGUACCGUAUUUUCCGGACUAUAAGUCGCACCAGCCACUGUAUCCAUUAUAUAGAAAAAUAAACCAUAAAUCGAGUGGAUCUGUACUUAUGGUUUAUAAGUCACAUGGACAUACCUGUAUGUUUACUUAAUAUGAAAAGUUCAGGUGAUAAUAUAUGUUGUACUACAGUGCCCAUGAUGCAUUGUAUUUUCGUUUCCGGUGACCAUUUUGAAACAUAGAGCGACUCUGUUAUGUAAAAUUGUUUUAUUACGGUAAAUUAAUUGAGAACCUACCAAUAGAUUUUUCAUGGCCAAAACAUGUAAAAAAAAACAACACUUUUUUUAUUUAUUUAAAGAAGUGCGACUUAUAGUGCGAAAAAUACCAUAAUCACUUUGCCCCGUGCAUGCUAAAAUAUCAUGCCAGCUUUUUCAGAUUUUCGUUUCAGUGCACAAGAACACAGCUUUUGGGUUAAAAUAUAACAAAAACUGCUUCUACGGUACAUCAUGUCUUAUUGUGUACAUUAUAUUGUUUGUUUCCUGUACGACUUCUUGUUGCAUGACAGUUUACAAUCUCAAAAAUGCAAACCGUUUUAUAGAUGAGAACCACUAUUUAGAGUUUGGCUUGUACUACCAAGCUUGGAUACAACAAAUUUGCAUUGACCUUUUUUUUUCUUUUUUUUGUGUUUAACUUUUACUGUUCAAUUGGAACUGUGUAUUUAUUGUGUAUCUAUACAUGUAUAUAUGUAUGUAUAUAUGUAUGUAUGUGAGGUUUGUUUAUUUUAUUUUUUUGUUGUCUUUUU